AUGACGAGUGUAAUUGUCUCCACAGCACCAAUGCUGACACUGAAGUUUGUUUCCUUGCUGGGAAUGAAAGAAUGUGACCGAGUUCAGAGCAGAGCGGGACCUGUUUCCAAUGUCACUGUUACAUCUGAUGCCACCAGACUGAUUGAGUACAGCGACACCGUCAGACUAACCUGCUCCGCAACAGGCACGGAUGUCUCUUACCUGUGGCUUGAGCAGAUCAGCGUGAUCAUUCCCGGUGGCAGGUUUGAGCUGAGUGCCGACAACAGCACACUCACUGUUUCUGGAGUGCGACGGACAGACGGAAGUUUCACCUGUAGAGCAAGCAACGUGAUUAACGAAAUCACGAGCGCUCCGUUUUCUCUUAAUGUCAACUACGGACCGGAUCGUCCAUCCAUCAUCACUCAACCGCACUCGUCUUUUCACAUUGCCGGAGGCUCCCUAAGGUUAACAUGUUUCUCACAGUCCCACCCAGAUGCUCAAUUGAAUUGGCAACUGAACGGUGCCCACCUACACAGUGGGCAGGAGGUCGUCCUCGACAGCAUCUCUGUGAACAACGCGGGAACGUAUACUUGUGAGGCCUAUAACAUGGUUACAAAAAGGAACAAUGCCUCAACUACGCAAAUCAAUGUGUUCGAACGUGUUUCCAAUGUCACUGUUACAUCUAACGCCACCAGACUGAUUGAGUACAGCGACACCGUCAGACUAACCUGCUCCGCAAGAGGCACGAAUGUCUCUUACCUGUGGCAUGCGGAGAAUCGCAAGAUAAUUCCUGGAGACAGGAUUGUUCUGAAUGAAGAUCACAGCACACUCACUGUUUCUGGAGUGCUACGGACAGACGGAAGUUUCACCUGUAGAGCAAGCAACAUGAUUAACGAAAUCACAAGCUCUCCGUUUUCUCUUCAUGUCAGCUACGGACCGGAUCGUCCAUCCGUCAUCACUCAACCGCACGCAUCUUUUUACAUUGCUGGAAGCACGAUCAGGUUAACAUGUUCCACGGAGUCCCGCCCAGAUGCUGAAUUGAAUUGGGAACAGAAUGGUGCCCGCCUACAAAGUGGGCAUGAGGUCGUCCUCGACAGCGUUUCUGUGGCCCACACGGGAAAGUAUACUUGUGAGGCCUAUAACACGAUUACAAAAAGGAAUAAUGCCUCAACCACGGAAAUCAUUGUGUUCGAGACAGUGACUGGGGUUACUGUCGUGGCCAGUGAUCCCAACCCCCUUGAAGACCCCGAUACCAUCACACUCAGCUGUCCCGCGUCGGGCACUGUUCAGACACGGACAUGGUUCAAGGAUAACCAACCCAUCCAGGAAAACGGCAGAAUAUUUACAUCCCCCGACAAGGCGAAACUGACUAUAAUCAGAGCUAACAGAAACGACGCAGGGACGUACAAGUGCAUCGCCAGCAACUCAUUCAGCAGUGGCGCUGGAGUGACCAACGUGCAAGUUUACUAUGAAAAUUGUACCUUCCGGGCUGGCGCGAUCGUGGGCAUUAUACUCGGUUUACUUAUCAUGGGCCUGGUUGGAGGAUUCAGUGGAUGGUUGUUCGCAAGAAAAGCUGGCGGUUUAUUCAGCAACAUAUAUCCACCGAAAUCUAAAAAUGGCACGGGCAGAAAUUCCGGAUGGAAAAGCGCCUUCGAUACAAAGACCGUAAACUCAUCAGAAUAUUAUGAAAAUGUCCAAAUGGAUGAACAGGGUGCAAGGAACAAUGCGCAGGAUGGAGACUCCACUUACACGGGUCUUAUCCUGGAGUAUCGAUCUGUUUACGGUGAUCUGAACAGCUGACGUCACUGUGAACGGAAGCCGAUGAUUGGAUCGUGUAUUGGCACAGAGAAUGGACAACCAUCCAGGAUAAAUCCACCGUUCAAAAUGGCUUUUUUUUCUUUGUAAUCGUUCUCCAGGUCUUUAUUAAACCUCUUCCGCGUUUCCUAGCCCCACGACAAAGACAUCACAGAAGAUUCUGUCUCGUUUCCGUCGCAGCAGCUUAGUUCUCUCGCAUCAACCCAGACUGGUGCUGUGGCGUGUCAGGGGAUUUCCAUAAAAUGACCGCUGUUCGAAUCCCUAUCCCGGCCGUACUCU